AUGGUUUCAAAGCUUGCUGCCGACUGCCUCUUCUGCAACAUCGUCAAGGGUGAGAUCCCGUCUGUGAAGCUCACUGAGACUGCGCACAGCUUCUCAUUCCUCUACACUGGACUGCUCUCUGAGGGCCAUGUCCUGAUCAUCCCCAAGUACCAUGCUGAAAAGAUGCACGAGCUGCCCGACGAGUUCUUGGCUGACGCCAUGCCUGUUGCCAAGAAGAUUGCUACGGCCUUGGGUGCGGAGAACUACAACAUCCUGCAGAACAACGGCCGCCUGGCUCACCAGGAAGUUAAGCAUGCCCAUUUCCAUAUUAUUCCCAAGCCCAAUGCCGAAGAGGGUCUGGUUUUCGGCUGGCCUGCCAAACCGGCCAACAUGGACGACAUCAAGGCUCUGGGCGAGAAGCUGAAGGAGAGGCUCUAA